AUGUCUGGAACGCCGACAAUGACGAGCUCCAUACCCAUGGGGACCGACUCUGCCGCUGGCAGUGCAGGUUCCAACACUAUGAUGAUGAAGAUGGCGACCAUGAUGAUCUUCAGCAAUGACAAUAUGCCCGUGUCCAUCUUCUCUUCAGCCUUUACUCCCCAGACCGAAGCCCAGUAUGUUGGCGCUUGGUUGUUUGCUUUCAUACUGGCCGUCAUCUGGCGUGGACUCGUGUUUGCUCAGCUCAAAUUAGACCAGCACUUCAUCAGAAAAUAUGCCGGGUGCAACAUCAUUGUCAAGCAGGGCGAUGUCGGCUUGUCUCCCACGAGAGCUCUGCAAUCAUGGCGAUUGUCAACGAAUCUACCUCGGGCCGCUCUUGGAUUUGUCACUCAAGGCAUUGCUUAUCUCUUGAUGAUCAUUGUCAUGAUACUCAAUGUUGGCCUGUUCUUCGCCGUCAUCGUCGGCUUCUUCGUUGGUGAGCUGAUGUUUGGUCGCAUUGGUAGCCAUUCAGGUUAUGACAGUUCCGGCUGUACCUGA